GUUCUUAUGGUAAUAUAAGAAACAUCUCUUAGUUUAGUUUGAGUGUAUGAUUAAAUAGUUGGAACUGGGGGAGUCAACUGAAGUCGUCCUUUCUUUUUUUCCUAUAAGUAAAACAUCUCCUCCUCUUUGCCCUUGUACUUAACUCUUAACUCAUCACCUCCGCCGGGAAAAUGGCUCUCGCCAGAUUCUUCUCUCUCCUCUCCGUCAUCACUCUCUCUCUUUUCCUCUUCGCGUCCAAUGCUUCCUCUCGCUCUCUAUCAACUCCACAUAAAACGACCGUACUCAACGUCGCCUCAUCUCUCCAGCAAACACAACACAUCCUCUCCAUCGACCCGACCCGUUCCUCACUCACCACAACCACCAGACCCGAGUUCGAAUCCAAAUCCAUCCCCUUUUUUCUCAACUCAUCUUCUCCACUCACUCUACAGCUUCACUCCCGAGACACUCUCCUCGCACCACACCACAAAGACUACAAAAGCCUAGUACUGAGCCGACUCGAGCGAGACUCAUCCCGAGUCGCCGCAAUCGCCGCGAAAGUCAGAUUCUCCGUCGAGGGCGUCAACAGAUCCGAUCUCAAACCCGUUUACAACGACGAGACCAUGUACAACCCCGAGGAGCUGACGACGCCCGUCGUCUCCGGAGCUAGCCAAGGAAGCGGCGAGUAUUUCUCGAGAAUCGGCGUCGGAACUCCGGCGAAGGAGAUGUACAUGGUGCUCGACACCGGAAGCGACGUGAACUGGCUCCAGUGCAAGCCUUGCUCCGACUGCUACGAACAAUCCGACCCGGUUUUCGACCCGGCUGAAUCUUCGACGUACAAGCCGCUAUCGUGCGCAGCUCCACAGUGCGCGUCUCUAGAAGUCUCCACGUGUCGCUCAAACAAGUGUCUAUACCAAGUUAGUUACGGAGACGGGUCUUUCACCGUUGGAGAGUACGCGACCGAUACGGUGACGUUUGGCGACUCGGGUAAAGUAAACGACGUCGCUUUGGGGUGUGGUCACGAUAACGAGGGUCUCUUCAUGGGAGCGGCCGGUUUACUCGGUUUAGGAGGCGGAGCUUUGUCGAUGACUAAUCAAAUCAACGCGACGUCGUUUUCUUACUGCCUCGUGGAUCGCGACGCGGGGAACUCGUCGAGCCUCGAUUUCAACUCGGUCAAAAUCGGCGACGGAGACGCGAUGGCGCCGCUUCUCCGAAACAAAAAGAUCGACACUUUCUACUACGUGGGACUCAGCGGAUUCAGCGUCGGCGGCGAGAAAGUCGAGAUCCCUUCGUCGGUGUUCGAGGUCGACGCCGCGGGAGCCGGAGGAGUGAUCUUGGACUGCGGAACCGCCGUGACUCGUCUCCAGACGGAGGCCUAUAACGCGCUCCGCGACGCGUUUGUCAAACUCGCGAAGGAUUUCAAGAACGCGACGUCGAGCAUCUCUCUGUUCGACACUUGCUACGACUUCUCGUCUAUGUCCUCCGUGAAUGUCCCGACGGUGGCGUUUCAUUUCACCGGCGGUAAGUCGAUCGAUUUGCCGGCGAAGAAUUACUUGAUACCUAUUGAUGACGCGGGAACGUUCUGCUUCGCUUUUGCUCCGACGUCGUCUGAGUUGUCGAUCAUAGGGAACGUGCAGCAGCAAGGGACACGUAUCACUUACGAUCUGGAGAAUAAUCUUAUCGGGUUGUCAGCGAAUAAAUGCUAAAAGUGAAUGAUUAAAUAGUUUUACUAAAUAUAGUAUUAGUAAAACUCUCUUUUUUUUUCUUGGUUUCUUUACCAUGGGAAACAAAAUCGUAAGUGUGAAUUUUUCUUUUAUCCUUUUUAAUUAGUCAGAUGUUAUUUACGGUUCUUAUCGAUUAAUACUAAUAUUAAUUAUUGUAACUUUGAAAAAUGUUGUCUAGGCUGUUAGUUAUUGGUUGAUAGUUUUGUGAGAGGAGAGCCUUGUUGUAUCUAAACAAGUCUUCUGAAAACUUUUUCUGUGGCCCUGUCUUCUAUAUUUUUUUAAACUA